AUGGCAGGCAGCUCCGCUCCUUGGAUCGGCAGCGCUUACCUCUUCCUCCAGUCAACUUGCAAGACCGUUGCUCUGCCUUCUCUUUAUGAAAGCUCCCAGCAGAAACCCAGCAUCUUCAAGGCUCUCAAGCUGGCACUGGCAGACUCCACCGGCAGCCUGAAUGGCGUGGACAUGCUCAAAGUGCACUGCAGCCACCCGCACCUCAUCAUCCAGCUCAAGUUCUGCAAGCAGGAGAACUGCCGCCGCUUCCUGCGGAGCUACCGGGAGGGAGCGCUCCAGGAGUCUCUCCAGAACCACCUCCAGCUCUCCUUGGCCAUGAGCAAGGUGCCUCUGGAAAUGGAGCUGAAGGCUGGCAGCGAGCACCUCGACAACAUGCUCAAGGAUGAGGACCGCUGCCUGGAGUGCAUCUACAAAGAAAAGCCAGACCGCCUGAGGGACGAGGAAAUCACAGAGCUGGAGGAGUGUCUCAAGAGCCUGGUUCUUCACCAGAACAUCAACAAAAACAUGGCUGCAAAAGACUGCAUGUCUCCCAACUCCCAGUGUCCGCCUUAUUCUUCUCAAAGCAGCUCCCUUUCUCCAGACGUCACCUUCACCUUUCAGGAACAACAGUUUGCCAACAGAACGCUCACGCUAGAGGACCACCAGAAAUUCGCCAAACUCGUGUCGAAGAAAUGGAAGCAAGUGGGUCGCUCCUUGCAGAAGAACUGCCGUGCCCUGCGUGAUCCUGUUAUUGAUAACCUGGCGCUUGAAUAUGACCGGGAGGGACUGUAUGAGCAAGCCUACCAGCUGCUUCUCAGAUUCAUCCAGUCAGAGGGGAAGAAGGCCACGAUAGCGCGGCUGAUAGCAGCCCUGGAAGAAAAUGGUCUCACCAGCUUGUCUGAGGAGCUCUUGGGCCUCCACUCCAACGAGGACUCUUCCUAGAGCCCAAAGGGCAGUGGCAUUUGCUAAGGGCUUUCUUGCUUUGCACAAAACUGCUGCCAGUGUCCUGGGCAUGAAUAGCCCUGAAAAUCACUGCAGGUUUCCAUGUAGUUGGGAAUGCCCAAGGGAAAGUUUUGGUGCUUGCAAAGCCAAAAUGGAGUAUCGAAAUACUGCUCUCAUGUUCUUUAUUUCAGUCUGUUUCCAGAAGUCAACAUUACUUUCCCUUGAAUGGGGGAGAGAGGCUUUCAAACCAAACUCCUUCAGGACUGAAAUGUCAG